AUGAAUUCGUCGUCAAAAAAUCGUUCUUCUCAAUUUAUUCCUUAUGAUAAACCAUUAUCAACAUGGAAAGAACUGUCAACAAGUUUAAAUCCUGCUGAACGUGAUUAUGUAAAAUUUUAUUUGGGCCAAUCAUUAAUCGAACAAUGUGAAGAAAUUGAAAGUGAAGUUGAUAAUUUACUUGACAUUUGGCGAGAUUAUCGAAAUGAAACUGUUGCCAAUUGUACAGAUCCAACACAUCGGAGUUUAGCUGAACCACCUGUUCUACGAAAGCGUUUAACUACUGAAAUCGAAUUUUUCGUUAAACAUAUUCAUGAACAAUGUGCGAAAGAUGAUCAAAUACUUCGUCGACGUCUAUCAAAUGGACACAAUUGGAGUGCUAUUAACUAUGCACUUGUGGCAGGUACUGGAGAUGAUGAACGCCGUAUUCGUGAACGACCUGUAUCAGCUCGUGAUCGUCAUGGACGAGAAACACCGAUAUUAACUAUUCCAGAACCAGCUGCAAAUAUUGAUGAAACUAAAAUCAUAAAUCCUCUAUCACCACGGACACAAUCAAAUAUUGAUAUUAAUACAGUUCGUAAUAAGCUACAAGAUUUUACCAUCGAUGAUAUAAUACAACGUUUAAGACAAGCUAUUACUGAUGAUAUUAACACCUUUGAAAAUCAUGUUACUUAUGUACAUCAAAAACUAGAAGAAGAAGCCGAUUAUCGUGCAAAAACAAGAGGCCUCUUACGAGAACCAACUCUCGGAGAACUCAGAGAUGAACGUAAUCGACUGGAAAAAGAGAUAUUUCACACUACAAAUACGCCAGAGCCAUUAGAGCUACCAAAUUCGUCGCACAAAAAAACAUCCAAACAUGAUACUAGUCGUCGUUCUUCGACAGCUUCUAUGAAUAGUCCAGUCCUAAGUCCUCGAUCGUCACUAGAUGAAACACCAAUAAAACCUAAUCCAUCACAUGGGCCUUUACGUGCCUUUGCAGCAGAUUCAUCGUCAACAACGAAACCCGGUUUAGCCAUUGAUCGAAAAGUUUCCACAAAACCAGCAACGACUACCAAAUCCAAUACACCUGUAUUAGUUCGUUUGGGUUCAAUUAAACAACAAGAUUUAUUGAAAAAAUAUCCAACAUUAACAACGACAACACCGACUAAUGCUACGAUAUCAACUAAAACUCGAGACAAUACAUCAACACGAGCUAAUUCAGCUGAUAAAUUUCGUCAAAUGGUGCUCGAUUGUCGUGAAAUCAGCAAUUGA